AACUCAAAAGAUUUGGCCUUUUUUCUUGAGAAAGAUUGGAUUUUGAUCAUCUGCGUUAUUUUAAACUCAAAGAUUUGGUCUUUUUCUUGAUAAGUAUUGGAUUUUGAUCAUUUGGUUUUCUUUUUAAACUCAAAGAUUUGGCCUUUUUCUUGAGAAAGAUUGGAAUUUUAUCUCAAAUUUUGCAUAAAUUUCUUGAGAAAGAAGGCCAUUCUUUUAUGUAUUCUUCAAGGGCUUGAGAGCAAUGUUUAUUUCUACUGAAGAUGAAAAUAUGCCAUUGCCUUUGGAAAACGGGAAAGCUUUGGAGAAGUCUUCUCCAGUAGGAUCAAAUCCAGAUUCCAAUGAUGAUGAGCCUUCCCAAGAGAUUCCUUCAACUUUCACAGAUGUCAAUGUGGUUCAAGAAGAUGAAAAGUUUCAGCUUGAGCAGAGGAUUUUGAAUUUAGAAGGUGAAAUUGAGAGUUUGAGGCAUAAAGAGAGAUCUUUGGAUGAAAAAAGAAGAGAGGCAUUGAAUAAGAUACUAGACAUUAAAGGUUGCAUUCGGGUGUUUUCCCGAGUUAGACCAUUUUCACCAACAGAUAAACAGAGAACUCAUCAGCCGAUUUCUGUUGAAUCGGAGAAGAUUGUAGUAAGAUCUGGUGGAAGCAGGAAAGAAUUUGAAUUUGACAAGGUUUUCCCUCAGGAAUCACUCCAAGAAGAUGUUUUUGCUGAGGUUGAGCCAAUUAUCAGAUCUGCACUUGAUGGGCACAAUGUAUGUAUAUUAGCUUAUGGACAAACUGGAACUGGCAAGACAUAUACUAUGGAGGGAAUCACAGAGUCUCCAGGGAUCAUUCCUUGUGUUCUUCAGGAGCUUUUUAACCUUUCCUCUUUAGAUAGCUCAAUUUCAUUUACAUUUUCGAUUAGCAUGCUCGAAGUCUAUUUGGGCAGUAUAAGGGAUUUGCUUGCUCCAAGACCUUCCAGUCGUAAAUACACUGCAUCGAGAUGCAAUCUAAAUAUUCAAACAGAUUCAAAAGGAUCAGUUGAAAUCGAUGGUUUAACUGAGGUAGAAAUCUCUAAUUUUACUAAAGCAAAAUGGUGGUAUCAUAAGGGGAGGCGAGUUAGAUCCACAUCAUGGACGAAUGUAAAUGAAACAUCCAGCAGAUCGCAUUGCUUGACGAGGAUCAGUAUAUAUCGCUAUGGGGAUACUUUGGGAGGUAAACCAGAAGCAACCAAACUGUGGAUGGUUGAUCUUGGAGGGAGUGAGCGCCUACUUAAAACGGGAGCUACUGGACAAACUCUUGACGAGGGGAGGGCGAUAAAUCUCUCUCUUUCUGCACUAGGUGAUGUUAUUGCAGCUCUUAGAAGAAAGAAAGGCCACGUUCCUUAUAGAAAUAGCAAAUUGACACAAGUUCUCAAGGAUUCUUUAGGUGAUAAAUCAAAAGUUUUGAUGGUAGUCCAUGUUAGCCCAUACGAAGAUGAUGUUGGAGAGACAACAUGCUCCUGUACCUUUGCAAAGAGAGCAAGAGCAGCGGAAUGCAAUAGAGAGCUCUCAGAAGAAUCAAAGAAGCAAAGAGAAAAGAGGAUCGCGGAGCUUGAGGAGCAAAUGAAGGAAGCUGAAGAAGGAUGUACAGAUCUUAGUACUCAAAUACAGAAGGCUGAUUUUUUAUUGAGUGAAAACAAAAGGCUUUUCAUGAAGAAAUAUCAGCCACUUGAAGAUGAAGAACCCUUUCCUAUAACCCCAAAGGAAAACGUCCCUGAAAUCACAGUAACUCCAAGAAACUCUGAGAAGGGACUAAAAACAAAUGUCACUAGCUCGGUGCCUCGAUUCAUGAGUUCCACGGUUGCCAGUCGAAUAAGAGAGACUACAGCAGAAAAGGAAAUCCAUAGCAGACCAAAAAGUGUGAGAUCAUGGGCUAGGAGCUCUAUGCAAAUUUCUGGUUCACAAUCAAACAGCUUUGAUCGUCGUUUCAAAGCUCACCUACGGACUUCAAAUAAAAGAUCACGUUAUAGUGAAACUAAUAAUAUGGGUGGGGAUAUUAAGUAUGGUGAUGAUUCAGAUAUUAAGCCAUCUGUCUUACCACAAAGCAAGACUAUCGCGCCCUCGGAUCCAAAGCCUAGAAAACCACUAGCUCACCACAGAAGAAGGAUGUCUGAUCUGCUCUAACUAUUACAAGAGUUGAUCAAAGGUGCUUUAGCUUUUUUUUUUUCCUUUUGGGUGUUUUGACUUUUGUUUGGUGUUGCUGCUCCUACUGCCAUUGUUUUUAUUUUUCUUUCUGGUCUGGAAGUGAUUUAAGAUCAACUACGAGAGAAAUUCAUUUGGGGGUUCAUGUGUUAUAGGUGUGACAUUUCUUGGGGUAGGAUUAACUUUAUACUUUGCAAAAAGAAUGGUUUCUUUAGGCUUGUGUGUUUACAUCAAAUGUCAUGUUGUUUUGACAGUGUGAAGCAAGUGCAUGGAAAAAGCUUUUUCAAUUCAUGUUGUAACCAUACAGUUCAGAAUGUAUUAACAAAAACUGACUAUUUGAAGUU